CAGCCCAUAAGCAGACGCUGCGUUGAGUCAGAUUAAUAACCAAGCAAGAAAUAGAAGGUGCCGUGGGGAAAGGAGGAGAGCGGCGGCGGCGGCAAGGGAGGAGAAGCGAUGGCGAGGAGCGAUAGCUGCUUGGCGCGCAUCGGCGCCGGAGUCGCCAUCGGCGGCGCGGUCGGCGGAGCCGUCGGUGCUGUGUAUGGGACUUAUGCCGCUAUCAGAUUGAGGGUCCCUGGGCUGCUGAAGAUCAGACACAUCGGACAGGCCACUGUUGGCAGCGCUGCGGUAUUCGGGCUUUUCCUGGGAGCUGGGAGCUUGAUACAUUGUGGGAAAAAUUACUAGAUCACGUCAAGUUACCUCUGGUUUUACUAGGUUUUAAAGGAUUGUCUUGUCUUAGGUAAAACAUUUGUUUGAUCUUGAAGGAACAGUGGAGUUCUGCUACUAUUUACUCGGUCCUGGUUUUUGAUAUGUUUGCGCUACUGUUGAUGUGAAAAUAAAAUCUUUCAUCAUCUGUAUGAGAAUUAAGUGGUGAAAGCAGGAUUCAUGAGAAAAAGACUUAUUGUUGUAUUAAAGUCACUUUGUCGUUCUUAGUAAAAGAAAUAAACCAUUUUCUGCUGACA